AUGUGCAGGGUUUUUUAUUGGGUGUGGACAUACAGUGGUUACUCUGGAGAUUUAUCUCCUAAAGUAACUUUGGAGGUCUUGACUGGGAAGGAGAAUGCUGUACUCAUUGAUGUCCGGCCUGAGGUUGAUGACUCUGUAAGGAAGUUAUUAAAGAGUGGAAGAGAACUGGAUGACACCUUAAUUGCUGCUGUCAUUCGAAAUUUGAAGAUUUUUCAGGACAGGUCCAAGGUCAUAGUCAUUGAUGCUGAUGGUACUCGCUCCAAAGGCAUCGCAAGGUCCUUGAGAAAUCUUGGGAUUAAGAAACCAUACUUGGUCCAAGGUGGCUUUCAAUCUUGGGUAAAGCAGGGUCUCCGUGUUAAGGAUCUCAAACCAGAGACGACACUUGCUGUACUGAAUGAGACCAUCUUUCGGUGGGUUGCUUCUUAUGAGGGCCCUGAAGAUUUUAAGCAAGAUGUGAGUUAUCUGUUAAUAUAUAUAUAUUUUCUUCCAGUGACAGAUUGUAUAAGUCAAGUUUUAGGACUUCAUAUUCUGGGUUGGUUGGGCCGGCUUGCUUUCCCUCCUCCUCGAUGUUUAUUAGUUCUUCCACCUCGGCCUCUCUCUUGUGGUGUUUUCCCUAAUUUUGAUUCCAUAUUUGUUCCUCGAGAUAAAGAUGUGUCUAAUUGUGAAGGCUCUGCUGACCUGCAUCAUAGCCCUUCAAUUGUUGAAUUUGAUGAGACGUCAUCACAAAUAUCUUGUUGUGACGCUCAGUCUUCGAGUGAACUGUCAAUCCCCAAGAGUCCUCCUGCUUUGCUAAAAGGCAGCGUAACAACUUUAAACGUGGAUGUGCUUGAGCAGACAGUGUUGCAUGUUCAAAAUCAGCUUCUUACCCAUCUUGAAUCAAUGAAUCCGCUUCAACACGAGUCCAUGACACAGGUGGUGGAAUCUACUUUUAUCGUUUUGGAUCGUCUAUUAGUUAAUUAUACACCUUUUCAAGAGCGUGUGAAGGAGUUCAUUGCCUGUGCAUCAUCAUUUGCUGAUAUAGAGCAGUCCAUCAACAACGAACAUUCUUUUCAAGAGUUGAUGGAGCGGUACCAUAGUGAGAAAGUAAGGUAUGAUGAUAUUUCUCGCAUCCACGAUGAAAUAAUGACUACAUUUACAGACUCCAAUCAGCGUCUUCACUCACUUCGUGAAGAGGCUUCCUGUGUCAAAGAGUUGCUUCUUCGAAUUGAGAAUCAAUUGUCCAGUUGUGAGGCUGAGACUAAGGAGCUAGAGACUCGUGUAGGUGAUGUUUCUAGGGAUAUGUUGGAGUCUCAAAAGAGUUUGCAGACUGCAUCUCAGGAAGCAGAAGAGGCAACAAAACUUUGUCAUCAAAGGGAGCAAAAGCAUAAUGCAGCCAAGGCAGCCUUAGAGAUGGCAAGGAUUAAGCUUCGGCAGUGAUUGUAUAUUAACCAUUCUCGAUGUAAAAUACAACAAUGGUGUUUAUAUAUGUAGAUUAUGCUGUAUGAUAAUGUAGAUUGAUGAGUCUCCUCAGUCCUUUCCCCCUUUUCUCUUUCAAGGUAGAAACGCUAACCAACUUUUUGCAAGCUUGGUAACUGAAUAUAGCUCAUGAAAGAAUUUGUUCUAAAUUACUCGCUUAUACACACAUGCAAACCGUUCUCUGACCUGUGCUUUUGGUCUUGUUUGAACUUUGAACACAAUGAUUGUAUAUAGUUGUUUCCAUUAGCCCCUGCAUUA